CCAGCGAGUUCACACCCGUCUUUCCAUCACACACGGGUGCUUCCUUUGUUAUUGACAUUUCCACGUUUCUCAAUCUGAAAAGAUGGACCCAGAGGUGUAUUUGCAGCCAGAUUUCGAUCCUGCCAAACACAAGAUGGCGGACUUGAGGAACAUUCUUCUCCAAAACGACGUUGCCUACCCGUCUUCCGCAAGAAAGCAGCAUCUGGUGGACUUGUUCAAUGAACAUAUCAGACCGCUUGCAGAACAGAAGUUGAAAGAGCUGAAUAGCGUUGUUGCCGCGGGUGACGGGAUUGAAAUCAUUGAGAAGAAGGACAAUGCCAGAAGCGGUAGAUCAAAGACACCCGCUGCAAAACCCGAGUCUGAUUCUGAUUCUGAAGGUGUUGAGGUGAUUGGCGGUCCAGAAAAGAUUUCUGCCACCAAAACAACAAGAACAGCCGCUACACGGAAAUCACCAAGAAGAGUUGCACAGAGUGAUACUGCUAAAAGACCAACGAGAAUUGCCAGUGGCGAUUUGAAGGAUAUCCCGAAAUUAGAAGCGGAGUCUCCCGAACCCAGGGUUAGAGAGAGAUCUCGGUCAAGAGAACAACCAAGAUUGAGAGAUAGAUCUCCAAGAAGAGUCGCGUCAGGUUCAGACUCUAAAAGACAUGUGGCUUCCAACUCUGAAAAAUCUCCGACCAAGAUCAAGGAAGACACUGAGAAGAUAGAGAAAACCAGGGUCUCUCCAUUCAAAGUCGAUCCAAAGCUGGAAUCUUCAUUCUCUCAUGAUAACGUGUUCCAAUCGCCAAUUCCAUCGUCUCCAGACUUUAAAAAGGUGAUUCCUAAAAAACGUGUCAAGUCGACCGAAUCACCGGAAAAGGAAGUAUCCAAAAAGAACCCUAGAGUUUUGAAGAAGACGGCAUUCUCUUCAUCUCCAGCUCCACAGAGAUCACCUGAGAAAUCCCCAUUGAAGAAAUCCUUAACAAUUUCUAAAUUUGAAGACGAAAACGAUUCCUUCUCUGAGAAAUUCAAAGGUUCUGAAGCUCUUCAAUUCGAUACCUCUAAUGAAAAGAGUAUUGAGGUAACAAAUGAUACCAGCGCGAACAACUCUUAUAUUGCAAGUGCUAAUGUUGGAGACAAUCUAGAAUCCGACGACGUUUUCCACGUUUCUUCAGAUGAUGAUAAGCAAAACAAUACCACUGUUGUGCGUGAUACUGAUUAUGCUACACCACAGAGUGGCAAUGCUUCUCGCAUUUCGAUUGCAAGCUCCAUCCAAGGGACCCCAUCUAGAACACCUAAAAUACCAUACUCUAAGGCCCAAUCGUCGUUACGUGAGAAUCUCACCUCGUGGUUCAAGAAGACCCCUAAAGCUGAGGAGAAUGACACAACAGAAGGAGUCACAGAAGGAGUCACAGAAGGAGUCACAGAAGGAGCUACAGAAAGUGUGGCUGUGAAAGAAGAUCCUGAACAGCUUGAAGACGAACAUGAAGAUGAAGAUGAAGCUUCAAUAGAUGUAUUACAAUCUCUUCAGAACGAAAUCGAAUCCGUUUAUGAAUCUGUGGUUAAUGAAACCAAUGAAGCAGUUAAGCAAGUGAAUGACUUAUUUAAGGACGAAGAUGUCGAUGUGGAAGGUGCGGAUGAGACGACAGUUGAGGUCAAGUCAAAGCUAUCGUUGUCUAUCCCAUGGAGAUGCAUUUUCAACUUCUUACAAAAACUAGUGGUGUUCAUCAUGCUAUGCGUCCUUGUUGUUGGUGGAUUGUGGUACCGUGAACAGCGUAUAUUGAUAGGCUAUUGUGGCUCAGAGAUCGAUGUUCCAACUUUCCCAUACACUGAGAAUAUUCACCUUCAACAAUUGGAUGACUUCCUUCAGGAUUACAAACCCCAAUGCUUGAAAUGCCCGGAACAUGCAAUUUGCCUUCCAAAGUUGACAAUCAAGUGUAAAGAGGACUACAUUGUGAACCAACCGUGGUACAAGUUUUACAACGUUUUCCCUUUCCCAGAUUAUUGUGUUAAAGAUCACGAGAAAGAGAAUGCCAUUAGUGAAGUCGUUGCAAAGAGUUUGGACCUGUUGAGAACUAGAAACGCCGCCGUUAAGUGUGGUGAUGGUGAUGAUUUAGAGGUUGGAAUCAGUGAUGAUGAACUUUAUGAGUUUUUCUACAAUUCGAAGAAACCAUCAAUUAGUGAUGAAGAGUUUGAUAAUAUUUGGUCAAAGGUCUUGGAGGACCUUGAAAAGGAACCUGAAAUUAUUGUAAGGUACGAAUUAUCGAAUCUAGCAGUCCCCAGUCUACCGAAGAGAACAUUUCCUCCGAUGAAGCUGAAGAGGAGACAGUUAUUCCACAAGGGCCCUCAAAGGUCCUUUUCAGAUCGAAUUCUUCAUUGAAGUUGAGUAUCUCUUGUAAAUUCAAGAAGGAGGUCUACGAAAGAUUCGAGGAAAACAAGUACUACGUGACUGGAGUCUUGGCAUCUUUGGUGAUCUUUACAACUUUGUAUCUGUGGUACUCCCAAUACCAACAGAGACAGUCCAAGAUUAGAGAGGUUUCAGCAGUGAUUAUCUCCAAGUUGCAAAAACAACAGAGAGAUGCUAU